UGUCAGCCAGAAACGACAAGAGCCGCGACCCACGCAAUCAUCAAAGCACUUCAUCGUCGAAGAAAUCUUUAAAAUGAAAACUUUUCCCACUUUACCUCGCGAAGCUGCGUUGACUCUGAGCCGGAAGAAAAGAGAAAUGGCGACGGAGAUGACACUAACCUCCGAUGGUCGUUACGACCGGAAAACCGAGCUGAAGUCCUUUGACGACUCGAAGGCCGGCGUGAAGGGGCUCGCCGACGCCAACCUGACCCAAAUACCCCGAAUCUUCGUCCAGCAUCACCUCAAGCACGAGCUCCAUCGUGCCUCGGAAUCUCCAGAAUCGAGCCCGAGCAUUCCGGUCAUAGACUUCGAAGGCGUGGGCCGAAGUCAAAGCCCCGGCGAGCAGAAGCGAACGGUCGACCUGGUCCGGGAGGCGUGCGAGACGUGGGGGUUCUUCCAGGCGGUGAACCACGGCGUGCCGGCCGCUCUCAUGGAGGAGAUGGUCGAAGGGGUCAGGAGGUUCCACGAGCAGGACCUGGAGGCGAAGCGGGAGUGGUACUCGCGAGAUUAUGGCGCGAGGAAGGUGCUGUACAACAGCAACUUCGACCUAUAUGGAGCUCCGGCGGCGAACUGGAGGGACUCGCUCACCUGCGUCUUGGCUCCUCAUGGUCCGGAUCCUCAGGAAUUGCCUACUGUCUGUCGAGACGUCAUAAUGGAGUACAAGGGCAGAAUUCUGGAAUUGGCAGAUACCGUGUUCAAAUUACUGUCCGAAGCUCUUGGCCUCAGCCAUAACUACCUGAAAACCAUCCACUGUGGGGAGGGACUCUUCUUCGUCGGCCAUUACUAUCCAGUGUGCCCAGAGCCGGACUUAACCUUUGGGCAUAGUGACCAUACCGAUAGUAGCUUCAUCAUCAUUCUUCUCCAAGACCAAAUCGGUGGCCUCCAGGUCCGCCACCAGAACCAAUGGAUCGACGUUGCCCCUAUUCCUGGAGCCCUCGUAAUAAACAUAGGAGACAUGAUGCAGCUGAUCUCGAAUGAUAAGUUCAUGAGCGUCAGUCACAGAGUUCUAGCCAAGAGCAUCGGGCCAAGAAUUUCAGUGGCAUGUUUUGUCCGGCAGCAUCUCCCUCCAGAGAAUACUUUGAGAUUGUAUGGCCCUAUUAAGGAGCUGCUAUCAGAAGAAAAUCCCCCAAUUUAUCAGGAAAUCACGGUGAAGGAUUUGGUCACUCAUUUCUACGCAAAAGGACUUGAUGGCAUAUCUGCAUUGGAACAUUUCAAGCUAUGAAUAAUGUUAGACAUGCGAAUUCGAUGAUUUUCACUAUCGAAUGACGGUCGUACACAUUUGAUCUGUGUAGUUUCUCACUGCAUUAACCCUUUGGCAAAGCAUCCGGAUGUUGCUUAGAUGUAGUAGAGUACAUGUUUGUAACGCCUGGCAACCUCGUGCUUAUGUUCCUGUUAUGGAUUGAGAAGAAGUUUUUUGAUUCUGAAGUAAAAAUAAAGCAAAACGAGCCGUGGUUAGAUUUACCAUACUUGUUCUUGUUGAUCCUUCAA